AGUGUUGAGUUGGAGAACGACAGCAAUAAAGAAAGGAAAUGCACAUGCCAUGACAUGGGUAUCCAUCACAUCUGGGGCCACAACAGUCAGGAGGAUUCCGUCCGAUUUCCAGCCUCUUCAACCCCAGCUCGCGCACAACUCAACGCGCCAAGCCACCCACGCCGGCCACCCCGUAUAUAUGCUACCCCUCCCCGCCUUCCGCUCCGUGUCUUCUCCCAUCUCAUCGUCCCAUCCCAUCUCCAACUCGUCUCACUUGUCCAUCCAUCCGUGUUUCUUCACCGCCUUCUCUUCGGAUUGAGAUUGUAAUCAGAAUCGGAUUGAGAUUGUAAUCAGAAUCGGAUUCCAUCGUUACAUACUCAAGGCACAUACAGCAGCACCAAUGAUGAGCGACGCGUGGCCGUCAUCCCCCUACUCCUCGUCGGCGCCCGACGGGGAGGUCCUGCGCUCCCUGCACCGCCUGGCGCGGGACCUGUCGGCGGCCGAGGCGCCGGCGCCGUUCCUGCGGCCGGUCUUCGCAGCGGUGGCCAGGCGGGCGCGCCUGCUGGCCGCCGUGUUCGACGACCUGCUGCUGUGCGGCGCGGCCGCGGGCCCGCUGCUGCUGCUGCUGCUGCCGCGCUCCGCGUCCCUGUGCCUCCGGGAGCUCCUGCUCGUGCUGCAGCGGUUCAAGGCGCUCGUGGCCGACUGCGCCACGCGCAGCCGCACGCGCCUGCUGCUUCAGUCGGAUGAGGUGGCCGCGCGCGCGCGGGAGCUCCAGCACGACCUCGCCACGCUGAUCGACCUGCUCCCCGCCGCGGAGCUCGGGCUCGCCGACGACGUGUCGGACCUCCUGGCGCUCGCGUCGCGGCAGUGCCGCCGCGCGGCGGCCCCGGAGCUGGAGCUGAAGGCGGGCGUGCUCGCGCUGAUCCAGGAGGUGGAGCGGGAGAUCGUGCCGGAGCGGGAGAGGCUUGAGGGUAUCCUGGAGGACGUGGGCAUCAACGACCCCGCCAGCUGCAGCGACGAGAUCGAGACCCUGGAGCGGGAGAUCGGCGACCGCGUCGCCGAGAGGUGGACGUCGUCGAUGAUCGCCCUCGUCGGCCUCCUCCGCUACGCCAAGUGCGUCCUCUUCAGUGCCGCCACGCCGCGGCCCGUGGACUCCAAGGUGGAUCUCGACGACGCGGAGCCACCGUCGCCGCCGCCGGACUUCCGGUGCCCCAUCUCCCUCGAGCUGAUGGGCGACCCCGUCGUGGCUUCUAGCGGUCAGACGUACGACCGUGACUCCAUCACGCGCUGGUUCGGCUCUGGCAAAUCCACGUGCCCCAAGACCGGGCAAGUGCUGCUGAAUCUGGAACUCGUGCCCAACAAGGCGCUCAAGAACUUGAUAUCGCGGUGGUGCCGGGAGAACGGCAUCCCCAUGGAGAGCAGCGAGUCCGGGAAAGCCGAGCCGGCGCCGGCGGUAGGCGCGAACAAGGCCGCGCUGAAGGCGGCGCGCAUGACCGCGUCGUUCCUCGUGAAGAAGCUGUCGGCCUCUUUCUCCCCCGAGGCGACGAAGCGCGUGGUCCAAGAGAUCCGGCAGCUGGCCAAGUCCGGGUCCGACAACCGCGCGUUCAUCGGGGAGGCCGGCGCCGCGGGGCUCCUCGUGCCGCUGCUCCUGUCCGAGGACUCGGCUCUCCAGCUCAACGCCGUGACGGCGCUGCUCAACCUCUCCAUCCUGGAGGCCAACAAGAAGCGCAUCAUGCACGCGGAGGGCGCCGUGGACGCGCUCUGCCACGUCAUGGGCACGGGCGCCACGUGGCGCGCCAAGGAGAACGCCGCGGCCACCGUGCUCAGCCUGGCGGCCGUCCACGCGUACCGCCGCCGGCUCGGGCGGAACCCACGCGUCGUCGAGAGCGUCGUGCGGCUCGCGCGCACGGGCCCCUCCAGCACCAAGAAGGACGCGCUCGCGGCGCUCCUGUGCCUGUCCGCCGAGCGGGAGAACGUGCCGAGGAUCGUCGAGGCCGGCGCCGCGGAGGCGGCGCUGGCCGCGGUCGGCGAGGCCGAGGCCGAGGCCGCCGCGGCGGUGCUGGCGUCGCUGGCGAAGCGCGGCGGCGCGGAGGCGAUCGUCGCGCUGGACGGCGCCGUGGCGCGGCUGGUGAACGAGAUGCGGCGCGGCACGGAGUGGUCGCGGGAGUGCGCGGCGGCCGCGCUGGUGCUGCUGUGCAGGCGCGCCGGCGCCGCCGCUGCGUCGCAGGUGGUGGCGGUCCAGGGCGUGGAGUGGGCCAUCUGGGAGCUGCUGGGCACCGGCACGGAGCGCGCGCGCCGCAAGGCCGCGUCGCUCGGCAGGGCGUGCCGGCGGUGGGCGGCGGCCGCCAACGCGGAGCAGAGCACAGAGUGCCCUGCCGCCGCCGAUGCGCCGGCGCUCACGUCGGCGGCGUGAAGUGAAAUCCACUACUCAACUACUGCGCGAUCAGUAGUAGAAGCUCCAAGAACAAGCCGAAGCAUUUUUUUCUUCCCACCACGAAUGUUGUACAAAAUUUGUUCUUGGCCGUUAAGGCCUUCCCGAUUCUUUGGUCCGUGGUAGUGAGUAAUUGAUCAACUGUAAAUACAAGAUAGGUGUAGUACGUACAUUUUUUUUCUUUUUCAUCAAACAUUGUUACGCAUUCAUUGUACUGUCUCAAGAAAAUACAAAGGUAAACAACAAAAUCACUCCAUGCAA